UACAUUUAGGGAGACUGGCCUGUCCCAUUCUUAAUCCCAUUUCCAGUGUGCUGAGGGGCAGCAGUUUGAGAUGGAGGGACAGAAAUACAGAAGCUUUUUGACGGGAUAUUGACCUUAGCUGACGCUUUUCAACUGUGACAUUGGAGGUGGUUUUCCGGAUUGUCCAUAGGAUUUCGGAUUUAAAUAAUCUUGACCUUUUGAUCGUUUUUUAACUCUUAAAUUACGGGUACCACUAGCUAGAUCUCUUUGGAGAAUAAGUAUAAGAAGAAUAUUUGUCGGCGUCGCAGAGAUCUCUCGUUUCGUCUGGAAUACUUGUCAAGAGGAGCGGACGCAAUGAGUUCCAAACUGCUGAGCCAUCCCUCAAAGGCUGGAGCGACGGUUGGAGACAGCAACGGCCCCGGCAACGGCAUGGACAUCAUCCAGAGCCGCAUCGAGCUGCUGAGCACCAAGAUGGACCGGCUCAUCCACAUCCAGGAGAAGGUGCUGAGCCGGCUGGACGGGAUGUCCCAGGACAUCGAUGGCAUUGAGCGGGACGUGGAAAACAUGAAGGUGGACAAAGAGGAGAUCCACGUACCGCCGCCGAAGACGGUCAAAGCGGGACCCACGGGCGAGGUCAGGGAGAUGUGUCAGGAGAUGAGCUCCAUCAUGACGGUGGUGAACCAGCGCUCGGAACAGCAGGCCCAGAAGCUGGAGGGGAUGGAGAAGCUGGUUCUGGGCAUCCAGCAGGUGAUCAGUUUCAUAGGGGAGACGGUGAAGGGCUCCCAGAUUAUGGAGCGGAUGUUCAAGGGCCCCGCGGCACGGAAGAGCGCCAAGGCCAAAGACAAUAAGGGCAGGAUAGCCGUAAAGAGGCCGACGUCCACAGACGCAGUAAGCAAAAAGGCGGACAAGACCACCUCUACUAGGGGCACUACUAAAGGGACUCAGACCGUAGCCUCGGCAUGUGAACCCUGCACUCCACUGCCGUCUCACAAGACAAAGCUCCACGGACCAAAGCAAAUCCUCUCACCCCGCAAAUAUGGAAUCUUCCUUAAAGAUCCGAAAGGCAAAGAAGCGAAAGAGAAGCCGUGUUUGAGCCUAAAAAGUAAAAACACACAGAAGAAGAAGAAGAAUCUGGACACAACAGCAGACACUCUCUCCCAGAGGAAGCAUGCCUUACUGCUUGAGGAGGUGCAGAAGAUCAAUGAGGAGAACACAGAGAAGUCUGGUCUGAAGGGGACGGAGGCCACCGACUCCUCUGGAGAGCCCCCACAAGCUUCCUCUACCCCCGUGGACGUUCCCGCGGACCGCAAAGGGCUUGGAGAAGACCGGUCUGAGGAAGACAGCGAGAAGGAGAAGGAGGAGGAAGAGGAUGGUGAGACGGCUUCAAAGGAGCCGGAGGGCAAGAGCGAUGAAGACAAACCAGAGGAAGGACAUUCAAUGGACAAGGUGGAUGAGGAAGAGGCAACAACAAGCCCUUCUGUCCAGGACCUCCUCAAAGACGCCGUUCCUGCGAGCAGGGACGACCCCCAAGAGACUGAAAAGCCCCAGAUGCCAGAGAUUACCCCCACUCCGAGCAGUAAGCACCAUGUGACCUAUGAAGAGCAAAAGGCUGGAGACCACACCAAGAGCCAGGUGGAGGUUCUAGCUGAGGUGAAGGAGGAGGAGGAGGAGGAGGAGGAGGAGCAGGAGGACCCAGAGGGCUGGGCGGUGUUCAAGGCAGACGGGGUGGAGAUCCACAUGGACCUGCUGAAGAAGCUGCAGAAGAAGAGAGACGAGGUGCAGGAUGAAGAGCCCGAGGAAGACGAUGAUGUAGAGCGCCACUUCAUCGACAACAGCCCCCCCCCGGGGGCCCCCUUCAACCACCGCAUCGUCUCGGCCAAACCGAGCCAGAUCCGCAACUUCUACUCCAUCAACCACCAGGAGAUCCUUGGGGGGGGUCGCUUCGGCCAGGUCCAUAAGUGUGUGGAGAACUCCUCAGGACUCACGUUGGCGGCCAAGGUCAUCAAGGCCAGGAGUGUGAAGGAGAAGGAAGUGGUCAAGAAUGAGAUCCAGGUCAUGAACCAGCUUGACCACGCCAACCUCAUCCAGCUCUACGCCGCCUACGAGUCCCGCAACGACAUGAUCCUCGUGCUGGAAUUUGUUGAUGGGGGCGAGCUGUUCGACCGGAUCAUCGACGUGAACUACACCCUGAUGGAGUUGGAGACGGUGAGCUUCAUCCGACAGAUCUGUGAGGGCCUGCAGCACAUGCACAAGAUGUACAUCCUCCACCUCGACCUGAAGCCAGAGAACAUCCUGUGUGUAAGCAGAGUCACCAACAAGGUCAAGAUCAUCGACUUUGGCCUGGCGAGAAUAUAUAAGCCCCGGGAGAAGCUGCGAGUGAAUUUUGGCACGCCGGAGUUCCUCGCUCCAGAAGUGAUCAACUACGACUUUGUGUCGUUCAACACAGACAUGUGGAGCCUGGGGGUUAUCACGUACAUGCUUCUGAGCGGCUUGUGCCCCUUCCUGGGCGACGAUGACAACCAGACCCUGAACAACAUCCUGGCGGCCAAGUGGAACUUCGAGGAGGAGGAGUUCAUCACCGUGUCCGCCGAGGCCAAAGACUUCAUCACCAGGCUCCUGGUCGUCAACAAGACCUGGAGGAUGGGGGCGACUGAAGCGUUGAAACACCCGUGGCUCUCUGACCCUGUGCUCCACCAUCGCCUCUACACUAGGAAAACCAUGUGCAAAUCAAGACGGUCUUCGUGUAUCCCACCCUAAGAUCGUUAAGGACUCCACUUCAAUGAUGCUAUGGCUCUAUCUGGCACCCACCUGGACCAACAAUGUUGUACGCAUUUAAACAUGCAGUGCUGGAUUUUAAGCGACUGAAGGAUAGCUUACGUGCCUGCUAUUCAAAUGUCCCAAGAUUGACCCGAAUGCUAAAAGGAAGACAUCCAUUUUGGAUUGUGAGUUAUUGAUCAGUUUAUGUGUGAUAUGUUACAGAACUGAAACUGCUGCUUUCUUAG